AAUGAAUUUUAGUGAAAUAUGAAACACAUUAGAUCUCACCUACAUCCACCUUGAAUUUGUGUAGGCUAUAUACAUUUUUUUGCAAUGUAGUACCAGUUGAGCAAUGCCCAAAGUCUAUAUGCACUAGAGGAGAGAGAGAGAAAGAGAGGGAGAGAAAGAGAGACACGCAGACAGAGAGAGAGAGAAAGAGAAGGACGGUUCUGCAAAUUCAUCCACGCUUUGCAUGAAUAUCUAGUGUUGAAAGUUGAGGACAGGAUAACAAGGACACAUUUCUUUGUCGUGUUUUUAAGUUUGUAAGUAACUGAGAAAGAGUUUUUGAAGAGAUUAUUCCUUUGGUUUAUUAUACGAAGAAACAACAAGUCUUGUGGCUGUAUUCGACAAAGCAAAACAAUGGCUUUUAUGUUAAAGCACAUGAUAGGGGGGCAACUGAAGGAUCUUACCGGGGGUCUUGGAGAAGAAAAACCCGAAGGAGAGAAGUCUGAUGCAGGGGCCAAAGGGAUGACACAAGAAGAGUUUGAGCAAUAUCAACAACAGCUGGCUGAGGAAAAGAUGGAGCGAGAUGCCAGCGUUGCUCAGAAGAAAGCUGAACGGGCCACAGUUAGGAGCCAUUUCAGGGAAAAAUAUCGUCUUCCAAAAAGUGAGUUGGAUGACACACAGAUUCAGGCGGCGGGAGACGAUGUGGAGCUGCCCACAGAGCUCGCCAAGAUGAUCGCCGAAGACAACCAGGAGGAAGAAAGCAAGCAGUCUGUCCUGGGCCAGCUGACCAACAUUCAAAAUAUAGAUAUUGAUCAGAUUAAAGAAAAGGCUCAGAGUACCCUCGAAGACCUCAAACAGUCUGCUGAAAAAUGUGAGGUUAUGUAGCCUAGGCCUAUAUACUUUAAAGAAGCACAUGAGAGUUCACCUGCUGAUUCCAGAUCAGAUGUUUCCUUGGCUCUAAUGAUUUUAGCCACUAUUUAAAGGAAAAUGAAUAGAAAAUGAAUCAGAUCUUGAAACAGCAAGUCUGUAAUAAGAUGCAAACAUAUUUACAUUUGUUUUGUGUUUGUUGUUUUUGCAAAUAAUGUUUGCAAUGGUGUAUGCAUGUUGGCUAUGCUUUGACAAAAUGGUGAAUGAAUGCAAUAAUAAAAGAUUAAUAACUUUCCAGUGCUUGGAAUAUAUACCAACGUGUAUUUAUAUAUAAUAUUACAAACCAGUCUGGACUGUUACUAAAGUUGCUGGUAUAUGUAUUGCUAAUAUAUUUUUAAAUAGCAUGAUUUUUUAAGGAUAAAAAGAUCGUGCUUAUGUAUUUAUAGUUUUAAUGUGUACUAUGUCAUUUUAUGUGCAAUGUAAAGGGGUUAUUAGUUUAUUGGUUUCUUUUUUUCCAAAACUAUAUUAAUAAUUUAAAAAUAUAUGUUUUUAAUUUCUAUUUAUUUCUUUAUUCUUUUUUAUAAACCUGCCCUCGCAGGGAAAGCCAGUUUACUCUGAAUAAAUGCGGAACCAAGUUGAAGGUC